GUAGUAGUUUCAGUUAGGCCUUUAGAAAAGUAAUUUAGCCCAAACCCGGUAACCUAACUCGGCGGCUUCUCUCGGACAUGCUAUAGCUUUGCUGCCGGCGGCUUCUCUCUCAACUGACGGAUCCUAGUUUUCUCGCCAGAGACGGUUGCUUUCAAUCGCUUAUUCAAUCACAUCUCGCCGGAGACGGUUGCUUUCAAUCACUUAUUCAAUUAUAUCUCAUUCUCGACUCUUCAGGAACAGGGAAUUUGCAUUUCAGUGGAUAUAGUUGUAGCAGUUUGUGUUGACUGUGUAAAGAAAUUUUCAUGGACCUUUUUGGUGGCAGUGAUUCCGAAAAUGAAGAUAUCUCGAAAAUCGAGAUAAACCAGGAUUAUGCUCGUAGGUUUGAGCAUAACAAGAGGCGGGAGGAUCUCCAUCGUUUUGAGGAAUUAAAAAAGAAGGGUGUUAUUGAUUCGGAAGAUGAUGAGUCGGAGUCGGAAUCAUCUGAUGAUGAUAUUGGGAAAAGUUUUGAUUCUAGGAGUGAUACGAAAUUCUUUGACGCUUUGAUUAAGGUGCAGAGGAAGGAUCCUGUUCUUAAGGAAAAAGAUGUUAAGCUUUUUGAAUCGGAUCAUAGUAGUGAAGACGAAGGUGAUGAUGACAAGAGUGAACCGAAAGAUAAGGGGAAAAAGAAAAUGUAUUUGAAGGAUGUGGUGGCAAAGCAUUUGAUUGAGGAGGGGGCGGAUUUUGGCGAUGAAGAGGAAGAGAAAGGUGUAUCAAAGACUAGUAAGGGUUUUGUGAAUAGGGAUGGGAAGAAGAGUUAUGUUGAUGAGCAAGAGGAGUUGAAAAGGGCUUUUCUUGAAGCAGUAGAAAAGGAUGGUUUAGAAGAUGGGGAAGGGGAGUUUUUCAAAUCCAAGGAGAAGGGAGGUGAAGACCAAGUAGAGAGUGAAGACGAGGAACUUGUUGAGAAACUGGAUGAAUAUUUCGGUAGAGAUGCUGAAGCAAAUGCAAAUUCUAAAUUUCUAAAAGACUAUUUCAAGAAUCAAAUGUGGAUAGACAAGAAUGUGGAGAAUUUGAAUGUCGGAGAGGAGGAUUUUCAAGAUAUUUCGGAGGAUGAGAUAGAAAUUGAGAGGCAGGAAGAGUAUGAGCAUAGAUUUCAGGAAAAUCCGGGAGAUAGAGUGUUGGGUCAUGCUCGGAAGGUGGAGGGGUCAGUGAGGAAAAAGACAAACACAAGGAAAGAGCAGAGAAAGAGCAAAGAGGAGAGAAUGUCAAUAGCACAAAAGGAAAGGGAGGAGGAGUUGAAACAUUUAAAGAAUGUCAAGAAGCAGGAGAUACGGGAGAAGGUCAACAAGAUCAUGAAAACUGCUGGGAUUGAUGAUGAGGAUGUUAUCCCUUUGUCUGCUGCAGAAUUAGAAGAGGAGUUUGACCCCGAGGAGUAUGAUAGAAUGAUGAAGAAAGCAUUUGAUGAUAAGUAUUAUAAUGCAGAGGAUGCUGACCCUGAAUUUUGUAGUGAGGACGAAGAGGACAUGGAGAAGCCGGAUUUUGAAAAAGAGGAUGAAUUACUUGGGCUUCCUAAAGGCUGGGAUGAAUCUGGAUCUGAUGGUGGGUUUUUGGCUGCAAGAGAAAAAGCUUUGAAAGAAAAGACUGAGAUUACCAGUGAUGAUGAUGAUGAUGAUGAUGAUGAUGAUGAUGAUGAUGAUGAUGAUGAUGAUGAUGAUGAUGAUGUCGUCGAAGGUGAAAAUGAAAAAGAGGAAAUUCCUGACGAAGGUAGUAGUCGGAAGAGGAAGCGUAAAAUAGCACUUUUGGAGAAAGCUAGGCAGGCAAUGAUGGAGGAGUACUAUAAACUAGAUUACGAGGACACAAUUGGGGACCUAAAAACAAGAUUCAAGUAUGCCAAAACAAAGCCCAACAAAUUCGGCAUUGGUUCCUCUGAGAUACUAUUGAUGGAUGACAAGGAAUUGAAUCAAUAUAUUUCCUUGAAAAAACUUGCUCCUUACCAGGAGGAGGAAUGGAAGCUUGGCAAAAAAAAAAAAUACAUGCUGAAGAUGAGGGCUAAGGAGAUCCUUCGUGCAGCAAGUAUGGGUAAGAAGAAAAAUAAGAAGUCAAAGGUUAAUUCUAGCAAGAUAACUUCAUCAAGCAAUGUUGUGGAGAAUGAAAAAGCAAACACAACAAGUUUGGGUAAGAAGAAGAAUAAGAAGUCAAAGGUUGAUUCUGACAAGAUAACUUCAUCAAGCAAUGCAGCAAACAAUGUUGUGGAGGAUGAAAAAGCAAACACAGAAGAAUCAAAAUCAAAAUCAAGGAAAGCCAAGAGAAGGGAAAACAUGGCUGAUUUGAAGUUAUCACAGUCAAGGCUUAAAGCAUAUGGAAAGACAUCCUGAAAAUCUAAGCGUGGUGGCAAGUAGAAGUCGAUGGUUUGAGCAGUGUUCCUAUACUCUUAUAGAAGAUUGGAAGUUUGGACAUUCCAAGGGACAAUGUUCUAGCCCAAGUUUUGUGUGUGGAGAAGUUUUUGUCUUUCUAGUUUUCUCCAUUAAAUGUACUUUAUGUAUGGAAUUCUCAGUUAUAGUCAAACUGUGUCUUUGAGGUCAGCAAUUCAUUUUUAACAAAAA